UCUUCUUUGGAUCCUGCUUCCAAUUUUUCCAUUCUUGACAACAUGGUAAACAAACUAGGGAUAGAAUAAGGAUAGAAAGGACUCUUUUUUCUUCUUCUUUCAUUCUUAUCAUGGGUAGGCUGAGGUGUGGGGGCGGACUUUUGUCAAUGACUGGGUUCUUUUUUAACGAAUGGAAAUGGGUUUGGAGGGGGCACGAUACCACACACAUAGGGAUUUACGGAGUUCUUUUUGCGGGUUUUGCAUUUACUUCUACUUCUUCCAAGUUUUUACCAUUAGCCCCUCCCAUUUCACAGGAGAGAGGUUGCAUUCAAAAUUCUUCACUUGUUGAUCAUGGCGAUUGUUUCUUCUUUCUCUUCAUUUGUCCUUCUUUCUUCUGCUUUUUGCAAAAAGAGAAGGAGUGGCUCAUUGAUCUGGUCCUGUAGAUAGACCCUUGAUACCAAAGAAAUGAGCAAAUGAUGAGAGGAUUCAUGUGUUGGGUCCUCUAGGGACACAGAAAGAAAAAGAUGAGGGGUCUUUCUUGUUUUGAGGGUCUUGUGUGCAUGAGAUCUUUUUGUAUGCGAGGUGGAUUGUUUAAUGAGUGACUGGACGAGUGAAUGAAACCUGACGCUAAGGGGAACGAAUAGACUGGCACUGACUACUGACUCCUUGGACUCGGUCUAAAAUAGGACAAUCAUCAG